GCCCGGAGAGGAGAUGUGAUUUGCCCAGGGUCGCACCGCCAGUGAGCAGCCGGCCCAGCUCAGAGCCCGUGCCUUCGCCACUGUGCCGGCCACGGGCAGCUCUUCUGAGCACAGAGCCCAGGCCCCGCUGCAGAUGGGCCAAGAAGUCGGCCUCAUUCCAUUGCUUCCGGUCAUCUGACGUUCAUGCUUUUGCGGAUUUGGACAGACUGUCUCUGACAGACCAGGCACGAGCCGCCCAUCAGAGGAACACCCCUUAGGUGGCCAGAGGCCGCCCUCAGAAGCCCCUUGUGGUUUUCCCACAACACAGAGGGUCUGGCUGUUCCCACCGUGCACCUGCUGCCCCUUCCUCCUAUGGUUGGGGCAGGCUAUGUGGACUGUAUCCGUUUCCAAUCCUGUGCAACACACUGCCCUCAAACUCAGUGGCUUAGGCAUUAUGUCGCAGCGUCUGUGGCUUGGGAAUUCAGGAAUGACCUAGUGGGAGCUUCUGGCUCCGGGUCUCUUGUGGGGCGACGUUUAAGCUGGCAGCCAGGGCUGCGGUGUCAUCCAAAGGCUUGACUGGCCUGGAGGACCCUUUUUUCCUGGUAGAAAGGAGGCCCCGUUCCUCACCGCACGGGCUCUCCCCCAACCCCAGCCCGCUGGCUGCUCGCUGGUCCUCGCAGCGUGGCGGCCGGCUUCCCCCAGAGCGGGAGGCAAGGAGCAAGUUGGUGUCCUUUGUGACCUCAUCUUGGAAGCCCCACCCAGGCCUUCCAUCAUAUUCCGUGUGCUGGAAGCCUUGCUAAGACCCUGCACCCCAAAGGGGAGGUGAAUUAGACGCCACCUCUUGGGGACAUGCCUCAGAGCCACGCCCUGGCCCCACAGGGGCCGUGGAGGACCACGUUUCCUCAGCUGCUGCCGUGGCCCGGGCCCGAGAUGCCUGAGCAAAUGUCAUCCCAGUUGGAGGCUGUUUGGGGUGAAACCAAAGGGGAGGGGCCCGGAGACCAGGAUUUUCACACCCAGUUCGGUGGUGCCUGAGGUCCUUUCGCAUUCACAAUGUGAAGCAGUCUGCUUGCUCUCUCCCAGGUGCUAUGCCGGGCCCAAGGGAAUCACAGAGGAGGGAGUCACUGGCUGCCCUCCAGACGCUCACGGUAAAGGGAGACAGAAUUAAGAACUAAUGUCUCAAUACAGUCUGAUCAGUGCUGGAAGAAGGUUGAGGAGUGAAUCCGUGUAGACGGACAAAGGAGGGAGGGACCGCAUUUGCUGGGACAUCUUCCCCAAAGAAGAGCCCAGUGUGCUGGGCUCUGAAGGGUGAGUAGGAGCCCAUUCCCCUGGUAAAGAAAGAAAGAACAUUCCAGGCAGGAAUUGGGUCGGGAGCCCAGGGUUUUGGGGAGCUGUGAGCAGUAUCGGAAGUGUGGACCGGUGGCGGGGAAUGAGGCUGCGGGUCGUUUGCGCCAGAUCAUGAAGGCUGAAAGCUGGGCUGGGGGGUUGGCUGCAAUUCAUGAUCAAUAUCUCCCAAUAUGUAUUUCACAAUUCACAGUUCUGUGAGAUGGCAACAGGCGUUCCUCCAAAAACAGACCCCAAGAUUACUUAAAUUCAGGAAGCCCAGGGUGAAACGCAAUUAAAGAGCUGCUUCCCUACUGCAGGACUUCUCAGAGCCUUUAAUUCUCUAACACGCACGAGAAUCCCCAAGAGAAAGAUAGAUUAGGUGGGGUCCAGUCAACAUUCAAAUAUGUGCUAUUCUCAAACCCAUUUGGUCGUGGAACCCCGGGAGGCCAGUGUUCCAGGGAACACGCUUUGAGAACUGCUUGUAGCUAGUUGUCAAGAGGCCGCGAGGGUUUCGCAGGUAUGCGGUAUGAUCAGGUUCGCGGUUUCUGGCAGAGAGGCUAGUUAGGGGCUUGAGGAGGGAGAGAGAAGGACAGCAAAGCCACCGAGGGAUGAUGGCAUCUGUGGGCUUGUGAUGGGUUAGGCUGGCUGGGACGUUGAGGGAGAGGAGAGAGUCAGGGUCCCCUAACUCGGACGGGAAGGACGGAGCAAGGGUGUGGCAUGGGUGAUGUGGGUACUUAGUAGCAGCCACAGAGCAAGGAAUCCACCAACAGUAGAAGAAAUGGACAGAUUCCUCCCGGGAAAGCCCAGCUCAGCUGAACUGACAUAGGAAGAAACAGAAAACCUGACUAGCCCUGUGUCUAUUGAAGACCCCAAAUUCCUAAUCAUAAAAUCUUUGCACAGAGAAGAUUCCAGACCCGGACGGUUCCCCUGGGGAAUCCAGUCAGAUGCGUGAGGGAGAACUUGGGCAUCUCCCAGACGCCCUUCCAGAAGGGGAUGUGGGGGAGGAGUGGCCACGUGAGGGGUUCCUUCCGCACAGCAGACGGGCUGGUUCUGGUUCAUGCUGCGCUCCGUGUCCCACUUUAGAGCCGUGUUCCGGGGGCCUCUGGGUAUCAGACGUUGCUCCGGGCACCCGAGCCACGUUAGUGAACGAAGCAGGCGAAACUCAGUGCCCUCCCUGGACGACGCAAGCUUGGAGGGGCCGUUGAACUGCCCUGUGCCUCAGCGUCCCCCUGCGCGGAGCGAGGCCAGCACUCCCCUCCUUGCUGAGAGGCGGCGGUGAGGGAGGGAGGCAGGCAGCCCGCAGCCGGGGGCUCCCGGCGGCCACUGAUGCUUGUCUCCCUGUCGUGUGUGUACGUGUGCGUCCCACGGCCUGCCCUCUCAGGCUUUAAAAUGUGUGGCAGCAGCAGCAGCAGCAGCCAUGACGAGGCCCCCGUCCUGAGCGACAAGCACCUGGACGUGCCCAACAUCAUCAUCACCCCCCCGACCCCCACGGGCAUGAUGCUGCCGCGGGACUCCGGGCAGACAGUCUGGCUGGACGAGGCAGGGCCGUGCCCAGAGGACGGAGACAUAGACCCCGAAGCCUGAGGAAGGGGCACGGGUCGGAGAGCGUCCUCCCCGGCUCCUGCUCCAGCCGGCCCCGGCUCCACAAGUCCCUGGGGGCGAGGCUGCCUGGGACAGAUGCGCUGCGUCCCCUGGACGGGAAAACAAAGGCUCCUGGUGCCCGGCAGGUCGCAGGACGAGCAAGGAAGGAGCCCUGCUUGCGUCCGGAACCGUGUUUCCCAGGCCCCACUGAGCGGACCGGACCUCUACUGCCCAUGCAUUCGUGCUGCCCCCGGAGCCGUGGCGAUGGCCGUCAGGACGCGCUCACCCUCCCCGCGCCCCGGGCCACGCAGACGGGCACGCGGGAGGUCCACACACACUCAAGAACUCCUUGCAGAGGAGUGACUGUUUUGUACACGUGGUUUUACAGCUACCGAAACAGCCCAAAAAGUGGCUUAUGAUUUCUUUUUUGCAUUAUAAAUAAAGGCCAUCUGUAACGA